AUGAGCUGGGCCUUCCUUUUCAUCAGUCUGCUGGCGAGUGUUCUACGGGUUGAGAACUAUCAGAUAGCCUUGGCUUCCCAUAACCCAGCCACCUUGUUUUGUCCAAAUGGUUCUCAACACAACGAAUUAACUUGGCAGUAUCAAAGCCUGGAUGGGAACAAACCCAAGACCAUGUGGUCCAACAAGGGCCUGGUGAUAAAUGUCAAGGAUCCCCGUUUGUUGAAUCUCCAGUCAAGGGCCGUCAUGCGUUUUGGAGACUUGAAGUUACAAAACCCCAAGAUCAAGGAUUCAGGUGGCUACAUCUGCAAAGGUGAGCAGGAGACUCUAGUUCACUACAAAGUGGAGAUUCAAGAGGUCUAUGAACUCCACAUUUCCCACGCCGGCUUAGGGCAGAAGGUACGAUCGAACUUGACCAAGGAUUUAGGAGACGGCAGGCAGAUGGAAGUCUUUACGCACUGGAACAGCUGGCAGGCUUGCGAUCGAUGUGGCUCCGAGGGAGAGAGGAAGAGGGUUGGGUUCUGUUACGGAAGGGUAACCCAGCACAGCGUUCCGGUUUGGGAUGCUCUUCCGUGCGGUCUGAUGAGGAUCAGGCUUGAAGCGCUGGGGAAGGAGUUCACAGGUUUUGGCCCAGAGCUCAGGAUCGAGUUCUGCAAUGUAACCUGUUCAGACGCGGAAAGUGGAGCAUUCCUCCAAGAAAUGGGUUUGAAUUUUGUGGAGAAACACCAAGUUCAAACCAACCAUGAUGCAAGUUUGACAUGCCCCGGUGCCUCCCUUUACAGCCCACUGUACUGGAUGAAAGACUCUCACCCGGUCACCCAUCUUGAACUGCUGAAGCAGGACGACAGGCACUCAUUGGACAGAGCGACAGCUGGCGGGACCUACCGCAUCAGCCAAGUGAUGGUGAAUGAUUCCGGAAAAUACCUUUGCUAUGUCAGCAGAACCUUGACCAAAGGUUACCAACUGGAGGUGCAGGUACACAAACAGGAAGCAGAAUACAGAGAUGUGUUUAACAUGGACGUGUUUAUUGUGUUGACAGUAACGGCUUUCCUUUUUCUGCUUGUUGGGUUAGUGAAGUAUUACUACCGGGAUGUAAGCGAAGGGUGUGCAAAGCAUACAGAGAUGACAGCGGAUGAAAAGACGACAUACGAAAUGAAAGAGGCAGAAUGUCUAAUGGAAUAA